AUGCCUUCCCCGACGUCCCCCGACUACAUAAUCAUCAGCGGAGGCGCUUCCGGCCUCGUCGUCGCUCGCCACUUGUCCGAAAACCCGGAUGUCCAAGUAUGGGUGCUUGAGGCCGGGAAGGAUCUCUCGGUCGAUCCGAGGGUAAACAUCCCAGCGCUGUGGACGUCCCUUGUGGGCUCCGAUGCUGACUGGCAGUACAAAUCUGUGUCUCAGCCGGGAUUAGGGGGUCAUACACUUAUACUACUGCCGGACCAAGCCACGCUGGAGCAUGUCGGCAUCGACUGGAUCAACGACGAACACCGCGGCACCUCCGGCCCUAUUAAGGUGUCUUUUCCAGACAUCAUUCAAGACCCUCUAUGUAAGGCGUGGAUUGACGCCUUUCGCGGUCUGGGCAAGGUCACUACUGCCGAUCCGUUCUCGGGUAAUUCGAUUGGUGGUUACAGCAAUACGGCAACCGUCGAUCCGGAAACCAAAAUUCGGAGCUACGCCAACUCGUCUUACGGCGCUCCUAUUCGCCGGAGGCCCAACGUCCGGAUUCUUACAGAGGCCAAGGUCCAGAGAACAUUAUUCACCAAGACGCGCGAUGGCACUGUUAAGGCUACGGGUGUUCAUGCCUUGGUCGAAGGUAAGACGGAAACGUUCACACCCACCAAAGAGGUCAUACUUGCCUCCGGUGUGUUCAAUAUACCUAAGCUCCUCGACCGGCUUCCUCGGGUUAAGGGGCCCAAGGACUCGGAGUAUUACAACACACCUGGCGGGAAGCGUAAUCACCCGGACGCCAUUCGCGUCGGAGACCUGGACGGGGCUAAGAAGUAUGUCCUCGACACAGCCACCACCGCAUACCACGGUUGCGGCUCGGCGGCCAUGAUGCCCAGGGAAAAGGGGGGUGUGGUGAAUCCGAAGCUGGUCGUGUACGGGACAAAGAAUAUUCGCGUCGUUAAUGCUAACGUUAUCCCGCUGAUUCCACGUGGCAAUAUCUUUUCUUCGGUGUAUGCCGUAGCCGAGAAGGCGGCGGGUAUCAUAAAAGGUCACUGA